GGGGACCCGCCCAGCGCUCUGCCGAUCUGCCCGCCGCUGAUGCUCAGCUGGGGUUUCUCCCCAAGCCCGCCGCGCCCGGCGCACCCAACCCCCAACCGCAGCUCGACGCGGUCCCCUCUGCUCGAGCAUCCCGGCGACCCGGGAGCGACGCCUUGGGGACCAGACGCCCAGGGCGGCAGGUGCAAAGGCGCCCGAGCCGGGGAGGCCAAACGCGUCCGCCACAACCGCAGGGGUGCGGGCCCGGCGCCGGCGGCCGCAGCUGGGGGUGGGGGCGCAUCCCGAGCCGCCCGCGGCUGCCCAACCCACAGGGACGUUUGCGCGCGGUCCAGAUCCCGGGGGAUUCCGCGGUCCCGGCCCGGGGGGCCCGGGCAUCGGGAUUGGCCCGCAGCUUCCCCGGGGAGCCGCGGAGGCAAAGCCAGGCUGGGGCGGCCGGGCCCGGCCAGCGCCCUCUAGGCAGCGGAAGUGGAGCUUGCUUUACAUCCGUCCUCCCCGCCUGGCGGAGUUGGGAGAAGGAAGGCUGGGGGGUGUGGAAAAAUAAAAGGAAAAGUCCCUGCACCAUGUAGAUCAGCGCCCCCCACCCUGGCACCCCGGCCGGCCGGGGACCUCCCAGUCUGUGGCCAUGAACGCGAGCAGCGAGGGCGAGAGCUUCCCGGGCUCGGUGCAAAUCCCAGGUGGCACCACAGUGCUGGUUGAGCUCACUCCGGACAUCCACAUCUGCGGUAUUUGCAAGCAGCAGUUUAACAACCUGGAUGCCUUUGUAGCUCACAAGCAGAGCGGCUGCCAACUGACCGGCACGUCCGGGGCAGCCCCCAGCGCAGUCCAGUUUGUAUCCGAAGAAACGGUGCCUGCCGCCCAGACUCAGACCACCACCAGAACCAUCACCUCCGAGACACAGACGAUCACAGUUUCAGCUCCAGAAUUCGUUUUCGAACAUGGCUAUCAAACUUAUCUGCCCACGGAAAGCAAUGAAAACCAGACAGCCACUGUCAUCUCUCUCCCUGCCAAGUCCCGUGCCAAAAAGCCCACAGCACCACCUGCUCAGAAAAGGCUUAACUGUUGCUAUCCAGGUUGCCAGUUCAAGACUGCCUAUGGUAUGAAGGACAUGGAGCGUCAUUUAAAAAUUCACACUGGAGACAAGCCCCACAAGUGUGAGGUCUGUGGCAAGUGCUUCAGCCGGAAAGACAAGCUGAAGACCCACAUGCGGUGUCACACGGGCGUGAAGCCCUACAAGUGUAAGACGUGUGACUACGCCGCGGCCGACAGCAGCAGCCUCAACAAACACCUGCGGAUCCACUCGGACGAGCGGCCCUUCAAGUGCCAGAUCUGCCCCUACGCCAGCCGCAACUCCAGCCAGCUCACCGUCCACCUGCGGUCCCACACAGCUUCAGAAUUAGAAGAUAAUGUUCCCAAACCAACGUGUCCCUCCACGGACAGCAGUGAUGCCCAGAAAGCCCCUGCCUUGGCGCUUCCCUCAGAGUCCAAGGAACAAACGGUGACGCUCGGAGAAAGGACCUUCAACUGUUGCUAUCCAGGUUGCCACUUCAAAACUGUCCACGGUAUGAAAGACUUGGACCGCCAUCUGAGAAUCCAUACGGGAGACAAACCCCACAAGUGUGAGUUCUGUGACAAGUGCUUCAGCCGGAAAGACAACCUGACCAUGCACAUGCGUUGCCACACCAGCGUGAAGCCCCACAAGUGUCACCUGUGUGACUACGCCGCCGUAGACAGCAGCAGCCUCAAGAAGCACCUGCGGAUCCACUCGGACGAGCGGCCCUACAAGUGCCAGCUCUGCCCUUACGCCAGCCGCAACUCCAGCCAGCUCACCGUCCACCUGCGGUCCCACACAGGGGACACCCCCUUCCAGUGCUGGCUCUGUAGCGCCAAAUUCAAAAUCAGCUCGGACUUGAAAAGGCACAUGAUCGUGCACUCGGGGGAGAAGCCUUUCAAGUGCGAGUUCUGUGAUGUCCGCUGCACCAUGAAGGCGAACCUCAAGUCUCACGUCCGCAUCAAGCACACGUUCAAGUGCCUGCACUGCUCCUUCCAGGGCCGGGACCGGGCCGACCUCCUGGAGCACAGCCGGCUGCACCAGGCCGACCACCCCGAGAAGUGCCCCGAGUGCAGCUACUCGUGCUCCAGCGCCGCGGCCCUGCGCGUGCACAGCCGCGUGCACUGCAAGGACCGCCCGUUCAAGUGCGAUUUCUGCAGCUUCGACACCAAGCGGCCCAGCAGCCUGGCCAAGCACAUUGACAAGGUGCACAGGGACGAGACCAAAACGGAGAACCAGGCCCCGCAGGGCAAGGAAGGGCCCCGAGGGAGCGGCUCCCAGCACGUGGCCAAAAUAGUGACCCAGCGGGCCUUCCGCUGCGAGACCUGUGGUGCCUCCUUCGUCAGGGACGACUCUCUGAGAUGCCAUAAGAAGCAGCACAACGAGCAGAGCGAGAACAAGAACUCGAACUUGGUCACGUUCCCGCCCGAAAGCAGUGCCUCGGGGCAGCUGGGCACCCUGGUCUCCGCGGGGCAGCUGGACACGUCCCUGGAGCCCGGCCAGUGCCUCUAGUUCAGCCAAAGAGGCUGGUGGGCUGGACAGACGCCGGACAGACGCUGCAGUGCAGCCCUCCGAGGGGAGGCCAUGGAGCCAGACUCGUGUCCCCAGCUCUGGGGACGGAAUGCUCCAACUUUAUAAAGUUGGCCUCGAGGCCGUGGGCUGCGGUCACCAGCCUGAGAGCUGACGCCAAAGCAGCUCGGUGGAGGCUCCCCUCCCCGUUGCUGUCUCCCCUCCAAAUGUCGGCUCCCCAGGUUGACCCCGUGGUUCCGAGGUGGGGUGGGGAGGUCCGUCGCGCACCCCUCCGUCCCGUAGGGAUGGUUUCGUGAUGGAGGCCGAUCCUAAAACUGACCCACCUGCGAUGGAAUUACGAAACUAUUUAGACCACGUGGGGAACUAAACUGAUGUGUAUAGUGGGAAUGGUUAGGACGGCCGCGGGGGUACGCUCCGUGGAGGACCUGGGGGCCUCUGGGAAGUUCUGUUUCUUAACCUGGGUGGUGGUGACGAGUGUUUGCCUUACGCGUUCAUGUGGUUCCUUUUAUCAUUGUCUUAUAAUAAAAAGGCAGACUGUGCUGUAGAAUGAG